UUUUCACAAGAGAUAAUAAGGAGGGAAAAAUAACUGAAGAAACUGAAGAUAACUUGUUACUAGGAUUCUCAGCACCAAGAACAAAAUGAACGUUUGUUUGAUAUUAGUCUUGUUAGUGCACAGCUUGUAUGCAACAAGCAGUGCAAGAAGCCUUGAACCUUCAGUGUGCAAGUUGCAGAAGAUGACCGGACCAUGCCGAGCAAGGAUACAAAUGUAUUAUUAUGAUCAACAUGCUGGAAAGUGUCUGUCGUUCUUUUAUGGUGGUUGUAGAGGAAACAAGAAUCGAUUUCAGACACUUGAAGACUGUAAGAAACAAUGUGAAAGAAGUUGUGACCGUCCUUGCCCUUUCAUAUACAUGCCGGUGUGUGGAACUGAUGGUGAAACAUAUCCUAAUGAAUGCGUGUUGGAUAUCGCUGCUUGUAAGAGCAAUGGAAAAACCAAGAGAGAUCAUGAUGGAGAAUGUGAGCCAAAGUGUCCGAAGGUAUGCACAAUGGAAUACAAUCCACAAUGUGGUUCAGACGACAAGACAUACAGUAAUCCAUGCGAAUUGAAGAUUGCUUCUUGCGAAAGUAGCAAUAAAAUAACCCUGGCGCAUGAAGGAAAGUGUGAGCCAAAGUGUCCGAAGGUAUGCACAAUGGAAUACAAUCCACAAUGUGGUUCAGACGGCAAAACAUACAGUAAUCCAUGCGAACUGAAGAUUGCUUCUUGUGAAAAUAACAAUAAAAUAACCCUGGCGCAUGAAGGAAAGUGUGAAAAGGAUUGUAUCCGACCUUGUCCUAUGAUAUACCAACCAACGUGUGGAUCAGACGGGAAGACAUACUCCAGUGUGUGUGAUUUGCAAGUGGCUUCUUGUAUCGCUAGAAAAACUAUUAAGAAGGUUCAUGAUGGAGAAUGCGAUGUUUGUUCGAUGGAAAAAAUCGUGGGGCCGUGCCGUGCGGCUUUUCCGAGAUACUAUUACAACAGUGUCUCCAAAAAAUGCGAAAGUUUCAUUUAUGGAGGAUGUCACGGAAAUAGGAACAAUUUUGUGAAAAUUGAAGACUGCCAAAAGAAAUGUGAUGUUUGUUCUUUAAAGCAAGAUCCAGGAUUCUGCAGAGGAUACUUCCCGCGAUAUUUCUACAACUCUAAGUCACGAGCUUGCGAGAAGUUCAUAUAUGGAGGUUGUCAAGGAAACGGGAACAACUUUGAGACUCUCGAGGCUUGUCAAGACAAAUGUCAUUGACAUGACCAUUUUUUUGGGACCAUCAUGCUUUCUGGCGA